UAAAAAUACCAGUAAUAACACUACUUGCUCCGUUGCUCGUUGUUAGUGUUAGCUUCUGAUCCUCACGUUUUUAUUUCACAUCCAUAAUUCCCAUUAGUGGAGUUUGGCAGUCACGGCUACUUGUAGAAAUUGGCGAAUACAAUACGCAUACAAACGGGGCGGUUGCGAUGGACGUGAUGCAAGCGUGUCGCUGCUGCCUGCUGUAUCCCCCGGACAAAGACCUGACGACGCCGCACACACAUCUCGGCAAAGCGGAGAUAUAUGCCGACAUGAUCAAGGAGUGUUUUGAUAUUCAAUUGCAGCUGGCAGUGGGCGGCUCGGGCUCGAGCGGCAUCUGCUGUACGUGCGUGGGCCGCCUGCGAGACGCGAGCGACUUCAAGCUGCAAGUGCAGCGCAGCCAGGCGGAGCUGCAGGCGCGCUCGCAGGGAGCGAGCCUCGUCAAAGAGGAAGAAUCUGCAGUAGAGUGUGAAAACCCAAAAAUGCAGGACACAGAUGAGUCUCGUGGGCCUGAGCCAGGUGAGUCUACUACGCGGCAAUGAUGUAUAGUCAUUAUUAUUAUUUAACUCCUCAUGAGCUCAAGCACGGAGCAACAUGCAACUGAGAGUUAUUUAUGUGACUGCUAUACAUUAUGAGAUGCAUUAAAACAUGAGUGUUGUUUUAGUAAACGAGCCUAAAGGCGAGAUUCAUAUUAUGAUAAUGCAAGUCUUUAAUGCCUAAUUAUGUACAGU